ACGCUUCACCGUCCGGCAACAACGCGAAGCAGCGCACCUUCUCAACGAACACGAUCAAUUCCUCGCCGCUCUCGAAUACUCGAUUCCUAUCUCCUCUCCUCUCCGCCCGUCCACACGAUCAUCUCUACAAAAUGACCACAGCAGCCGAAUCGGCCAUCCCGCCGCAGACCGACCAACCUCAACCGCACGAGAUCUCCUUCGCCCUGCCAAAGGCACUUCAUACCACGGCGCAUAUCCACUUGACCAUGCUAGAGACCUGCACCACGGUGUUUCUAUCGACAUCGACGCCCGGAGACUCGGGCGGCACUGUGAAGCCGAUGGGGAGUUUCGUCUAUGCCAUGCCGGAUCGCACAAACCCCCGCACCGCCAUAUCCACCACGCUCUACACCUCCCCCACGGUCGAAUACACCACCCGCGUCGCGAAGAUCCUUGCCCGUCGCACGCGCGCCCCCGUCUACGUCGGCUGCAGCAUCGAUCCGACGGCGCUCAGUCUCACCGUGGAGGAGGAGAUGGAGGGAUUGACCAAAAUAGUGGAUACGAUAAUGCAGCGAUGGGAGCAGCGGAAGUGAAUUGCUGCCCCUCCGUCCCUCUCCCUCUCGCGGCCGGUCACUUGGUCAAUUAGCCGAGUGUUGACCGGUCAGGGCCAGGGUCAAAGCCAGGGUCAUUGUGUGUUUUGCAUUUGCAGGGGUCGGUUACAAUUCAUGAGCGGAAUACGGAGUACAAAGGCGUGUUCUGUGUGCUAUAUUUGCAUUUUCUACUGCUACGUCAAGUCACGUCGCUAGGUGUCUACCUACCUACGCCUAAAGUACAUGCGUACAUGAGUCCUAGGUACAGUACUAGGUGCAGACGGUCGUGAUCGGGAUAGUGGGUGAGAUUGGAGUUGAGGCUUUUUUUUUUCUUGCUUUGGUUGUUUGUGAUUUUCGGGGUCUUUUUCCUCCGAAGGAUUCGUGCUUAGGAUUGAUUAAUAUAAUAUGCAACUACGGCUGCAGCUGCGCCGCAUUCGAGAUUGG